AUGUACACCAAGGUAUUAUGCUUAGCUGCCUUUAUGGCUGUAGCGCUCGCCAGCGACAGUCACGGUCAUGCGUACUCCUCCCAACACAUUUCCAGGCAUGAUGGCAAGCCAGAGAUUGUGCAUGUGGGACAUGGGGGCGAGCAUGGACAUGGGCAUGGUCAUGAAUCUAUUGAUUAUUAUGCGUACCCUAAAUACGAAUUCGAGUACAAAGUAGAAGACCACCACACUGGUGAUAUCAAAUCUCAACGUGAGAGUCGCGACGGUGAUGAAGUAAAGGGAUACUACUCCCUACACCAGCCUGAUGGCUCUGAACGCGAAGUACACUACCACGGUGACAAACACAGCGGGUUCCAUGCUGAUGUAAAAUACGGUACGCAUCACGUCAUCCCCCAGAAGCAUUAUCAUCAU